GGAAAGGUAGUUCUAAUACUCAUCGGCCAGCCGCUAGCGAAUUUAAUCGAAACUAAACUUCCCAGCAAGCAUUGCGCCAACCUGGGAACCCGGGCAAGAUGGCGGACGCAGAAGAUGAUGCUUUGCCGCCAGCUGCAGGUUCAACUGCUCCAAUUUCAUUCGGCUUCACUCGCACGUCCACCCGGAGGCGUCUUGUGGACCCGAAAGACGGCGAGAGGUCGGCCCCAGAGAAGGAUUUCUUGAAGACGGUGGAAGACAGGGAACUGCAGAGUGUGAAGCCCUCAGAAGCCCCCAAAGAGCUGGUCAUCCCAUUGAUCCAGAAUGGCUAUCGCAGGCAGCCACUGGCCCAGAUGACUGGGCCAUCCACAGAUACUGAGGCCUUGAUGGAUGGAGUGCUGUCCCAGGCAGUGAAGGAACUCAUUGAGGAAUCCAAGAAGUCUCUGGAGGAGAGAGAGAAUGCGGGUGUCGACCCCACGCUCGCUAUCCCCAUGAUCCAGAAAGGAUGCACCCCCAACAGGAAAGGGGAAGACAGCGAACCCCAGGCUGAGACAGUGCCAGAGGAAGCUGAUUAUGAUGCAGUCCCUGUCGAGGCCUAUGGGCUGGCCAUGCUGCGGGGCAUGGGCUGGAAACCUGGUGAGGGCAUCGGCCGAACUUUCAAUCAAGUAGUGAAGCCCCGUGUCAAUUCACUGAGGCCCAAGGGGUUAGGGCUGGGUGCAAACUUGACUGAGGCCCAGGCCUUGGCCUCCACUGGCUCUGACACCCUACUGAGGCCAGAUGGGGAGCAAGAAAAAGAUAAGGAAGACCAGCCUCAAGGGCUCGUGCCUGGAGGAGCAGUGAUGGUUCUUUCUGGCCCUCACCGAGGCCUCUAUGGAAAGGUGGAAGGCCUAGAUCCUGACAAUGUGCGGGCCAUGGUCCGUCUAGCUGUGGGCAGCCGCAUGGUGACUGUUAGUGAGUACUGUCUGCGACCUGUUUCCCAGCAAGAGUUUGACAGAAACUCCCUGCAUAUUGGCCAGGUGAGCAGAACUUCACUGGGACAACAGAAUGGAACAGGCUCAUCACGGAAGGCCCUCCAGAAUCAAGACCUCCAUGUCCGCUGGGAAGACUCAGAGAGGAAGCGGAAACACCCUCCAGACCGGAAUGAUGGGCCUGCAGCCAAGAAUAAGAAAGCAACCCCCAUGACCCAGCACUGGUUACACAGGGACCUGCGUGUGCGGUUUGUGGACAAGCUACACAAGGGUGGCCAGUAUUACAACACCAAGAUGACAAUUGAAGAUGUCUUGAGCCCAGACACCUGUGUGUGUCGGACAGAUGAAGGCCGAAUCCUAGAAGGCCUGAGGGAAGACAUGCUGGAGACCCUGGUUCCCAAGGUAGAGGGCAACCGUGUGAUGGUGGUACUGGGGCCACAGGCUGGAAGAGUGGGACACCUGCUGAGCCGAGACAGAGCAAAGAGCCGGGCUUUGGUGCAACUACGGAGAGAUAAGCAAUUAGUAGAGCUUCACUAUGAUGCUGUCUGCCAAUACAUGGGCCCAAGUGACUCAGAUGAAGACUGACCCAUGGGACCACUACCAUCCCAUAGGCUGUUGCCAGUUUUGUACUGUCUGACAAAGUUGCCUUCAGGAAUACAAGAAGAUAAUUGCUCCAUUCUCCCUUGCAGUGCAGUCCUGCAGGGCAGGGACAGGGGAAUGGAUGAAUGGACCAGAAAAGAAACUGGAAACAAACCCAAUAUUUACCAGAAUUGAGUAAAUAAUAAAAACCAUUUUA